GAUCUCAGACCCCAAGUAUUGGGUGUCAUGAUCACAUUCUGGAUUCUCACAUGGGUCAUCGUGGGUCUGCGUGUCUAUGUCCGCACUUGCAUGAUCAAGUCUUUCGGCAGGGAUGACGUUGCCAUGAUUGUCACACUCGUUCUGUUCACAGGGUAUCUGUCAUGUCAGGCUGCAGCAGUAACACAUGGUAUUGGCAGACACCGCAAAGACAUUCCCGACGAAGCUCUGCCUAUCGGUUUUGCUGCCUGGAUGUUUGCAGAAGUCUUUUAUACUGCAUCAGCAUCUGUUUUGAAAGUUGCUGUCGGCCUGUUCCUGGAGCGAAUCACACAGAACAAGACGCACGUUCUCUUCAUCCGCAUUAUGAUGGCGGCUACCAUGUUGAUCGGCACGAUCUACUUUUUCGUUGCUCUCUUCCAAUGUACACCAAUCUCGUUCUAUUGGGACUUCUCACCAAACGCAAAAGGACAUUGCAUCAGUCCUAUGGUUCUGGUUGUCAUCUCGUACGUCGCAUCUGUUCUCAAUGGAGGCGCCGAUUUCUUCUUCGGCAUCUUGCCCAUCUUCAUUGUCAAGGACUUGAACAUGAGGAGAAACACCAAAAUCGUGGUAGCUGCUAUUCUUGGAUUCGCCGCUAUUGGAUCUCUUUCUACCCUGGUUCGCCUUCCUUAUGUCAAGCAACUCGGAACCUACAAAGGAGAGUUCCUCUACACUUCUACUUACAUUGCUCUCUGGAGUACUGUCGAGGUGGGCAUUGGCAUCUCAGCGGCCAGUCUGGCCACCCUCCGGCCCUUGGUUCAGAAGCUCUUC